GAGAGAGAGAGAGAGAAGGGGGAAGAUGAGAGUCCGAGAAGCGUAUACGAACAGAAAGCCUCCACCACGCCAGUAGGUUACAACGGAGAACGUCUAAUAGAUUAUAUCCACUGUGAUCGUCCGGAAUGUUUUUUUCUGUUUCCAGGUGCAUUUAAGAGAGACAGGAGAUGAGAUUCACGCAGAAUCGUAGAUUCUCUCCUUACUGUGAUCUCAGACAGUCCGUCUGUGUGCCGCUGUGCGUCAGGGGUGUGCGGGACACGGGGCGCACAGCCCAACUGUGGACUGAGGAUACCCGUUUCUUUCUCCAUUAUUAAAUUCUGCUGGAGUUCUGCUGGCUGAAUGAAAAGGUGAUUUACACAAUGAGGGUUCUUACAGCAAACUUGUUCGCCGUACUCCUAAUGUGCGCCCUCGCAAGUGUUUUCUACGUCUGGAGCGCACUGGAGGACCGUUUGGAGCGGCACAAACGGAGGUUCUCGGUACCGGGUGGAGGGUCUUUUUACCAAGGUUUCCCAGAGGACCUCUCGGCUAAAACUUUCCGAGCACUGCUUGCUGUUCCAGCGCCACAAAGACCGCACUCGGGGGGCAGACCUGAAUCUCGCAACCUCACCAAUCAACCUGUCUCUAUAGGAAGUCGAUAUUACCAUGUGAAUGGGGAUAACAAGAGGUCAACGCAGCGGGUGGAUCCGGUCAAGUCAGGCUCCCCUCUGGACAACGGGAUAUUUUGGAGUGAUUGGCUGGAGGAUAUCGUCCCUGUAGUAUUCACGGACGAAUACUCUCGUGCUUGGUGGAAGAAGACGAGGGCAUCCCGUGUUGUCAAACUGGAGCCUGGUUGCGGCAGAAUAUCCAACCAGCUCGCCACAUUUGCAGAUGGGACAAAAGCGUGCGUACGUUAUGGAAUAAACGCGGACCAGGUGCAAGGAGAAACUUUGACGUAUUACCUUGCCAAUUUGCUGGGCAUCACAAAUCUGCCUCCUCUUAUACUGUCCCAGCUUAACGGUGACAGUGAACAAUGGGCGGCUGUGAGGACGCGGAUAGAUAGUUUACAGUGGAGCGAUCGAGCCGUGGUUUCUCUCACAGAGUGGAUCUCAAACCUAACGGGGGUUGUCACACCUGCGCCGCUCAGGCAGGAGAGUAGCGGGCUGCAUCCUUUGCUGGAGGGGCUCAGGAACAAGACGACAGCCGAGCUGCUGGAGCUAAUGCAGUGGACCGACCUGAUCAUGUUCGACUACCUGACCGCAAACUUCGACAGACUCGUGAGCAAUUUGUUCAGUCUGCAGUGGGACUCACAUGUAAUGGAAAGGGACACCAAUAACCUCCUUAGAACACCUCGCGGUGACCUCGUAUUCAUUGACAACGAAGCCGGGCUCGUGCACGGCUUUCGGGUGCUAAAUAUGUGGGAGAAAUAUCACAAUUCAGUCCUGGGCUCUGUGUGCGUGUUCAGAAAAAGGACCACGCAGCGCGUGGCGGAGCUGCACAGGCGCAGAGACUCCAGGCAAAGGCUGCUGGAGCUCUACAGAGACAGCGAGCCUUUGUCCCAGGAAUUAGGAUUUCUCUCAGAUGAGCACGCGAGGGUUCUCCAGGACAGGAUAGACAGAUUAUACAGACACAUUUUGCAUUGCAAAAAAAAGUACAGCCAGCUGUGAACAUUCUGCACGCACCGGUGAUGGAUUUUGUUGUUUGCAUAACACAGUGAGCUUUGCAAACGAAAUUUGUGCACCUGUGCAAAACUGCUGUGCAUCACACAAAACUGUCUUUAAUAUCCAGGUGAACUACCUCUUGUGAAUAGAAUGUGUUGCCUACUUAUGAAUAAGUAAAUUUGACAUAUUUUUAAGCUUUCCACUAAGAUUUUCACUCUAUGCCUCACUGUGAGGAGAAUUGUGGCUAGUUUUUUUUUUUUAACUUUACUCCACUGAUGCUCACCCAAAUAAAAAGUAAUGUGAAGAGUAGGCUGAUUUGUGACAAGGGUACAAAAUGUAACCUUUAAUGUGUUUGGAUUUUUGCCUUGUAUUCAGUAAUCCCAUGCACUAUUAAGCCUUAACCUAAGUUGACCUUUCUUGAGCUUCUAUAUUUCUGUUCUAUAUUUCCGCGCUUUUUCUAGACAGUAAUUUGCACACAUUGUAAUAAAUAGCACCGUGUACACAUGUAAAUGUGUUGAGAUUGCAUACUCAGCCUUAAAGUCAUAGGUCUGUCAUAUCUAUUAUGCAUUUAUAAGUUGUAUAUUGUCUGACAAACAGUUUUGAUGGAAAACUAAUUUAAUGUACACUGUAACAUUCCAAAAACUUGUCCUUUUUGAUAAAUACACUAUAAUUUAACUCAGCUGUUGUUUAGACUGUGUUUUUUAAGUGUCCAAAGUUAACUGCCUUAUCAGAGGGCAUUAAAUCAUGAGUGUUUGCCUUUGUUAUGUGAAUUCUUGGGGCAGGGGGUGGUUCAGGCCCCCAUAGCCUCUGUAUUUGACCAUACAGUCAUCGCAUUGUGCUGUAGGAAUAUCAUGUGCAGGCACACUGUUCCCUAAAAGCCUCACUGUUAGUUACAGACAUGCUACAGCAUGAAUCUUUCUCCCUUUUAAAUUCAAAAUGAACUGAAGGAGACAACUGAUUUUUUUUACAUGGUUUGAGAAGCAUUACUGUCCACACUGCAGUGUAUUUGUAUAUUUUAAAUGGUUAUCAUAUUGUUAUGCUGGGUGGCUUUUGUCUCAAUCUGUUGAGCGAAGAUGUAAAAAACACCCCCAGUGGAUGCAGGUAAUGAUAAGAGGCCAAUGCCUCAGUUAGUGGGCUUUGCUGUUAAAGGAGAGCCUUUACCCUUUUCCACUGACUGAAUUUCCAACUCUAAGAAGAUUCCAAGAAAAGCAAAAAAUACAAGUAAAAUGCUCAUAGGUUUCUGUAAUUCAAGUGCGUGUUUCAUCACCACACCAAACUUUAACCUGACUCUUAUGGGUACAUCCUUUCUUUAUUCGUUCCACUGUAUGCUCAGUUCUAUGUCUGGUUCCUAAAAUUACAAGCCCAUCAGAGGGGAACGAUCAAACUUUUGAAGGCCAAAUUCUUUCCAGCCUUCUGCUAUCCUACUCCUCAUAUGGUUUCUUUUACUCCUUUAUACAUGAAGCCAGAAGACAAACCAUUAACUAUUCCUGCAGCUCCAUUGGAUGAGUGCAUCUUCUCCAAAUAGCAUCUCGAUUUUUGUCCUUGUGAUAUGUUACCUGGCUUACAGCACGCAUGUCAGUAAUUUGUGCUUUUCCAACAGUGGUGUAAGUAGGUGUAACUGGAGUUUUUCUGUUUGUUUGUUUUGUUUUGUUUUUCUUUUUGUUUUUCCAGCCUUAGCGGUCAAAAGGGACUUUGGGAUAAAUAUGCUCACUGACUGCUGUAUAGACAGAAGCAGGUCAUGUUAAUGAUUUGGGUGUAGAGUUGGAUUAUAUGGGAACAUUUGGGUCUCAGUAAGGUUGCAAAGGUUGCACUUGCAGCUGGGCAUGGCUCUAAGCAUGUCUGUUUAUGCACUGCAGAGAGAUUUACAGCAAGCUACAGAUACUAGGGAUUAAAAACAAUGUCAAAAUGAGGUCUGUAUUCUUAAACCAGGCUCACAACCUUUCUUCUUUCCCAUCCUGUGCAAUUUCCACAACAUGUAUUUCAUCUGCAUUUUACCCUUCCUGCUGUGCCUCUGUCUUUGUGGUUAACAUCCCUGUCAGCUUCCUUUUAUUACUUAAAUAGAGAAUACAAGUUUCAUUUUCCUAAUUAGCUUCUUUUUUUUGUGAAUUCCUCUGCACCAGAAAGUCUUUUAACUGGGGACCAUGCCAGCAGUAAUCACACUAAUGGGGAGGAAAUCAAAGAGGUGGUUCAAUCACUCUCUAACUGGUCACAUAUGUUCUCCCCUCACUCUUCCUGUGUUUUUCAGCCCCCCUCCUUCCCACCCAAUAGCAAGAAAACUCUAAUGCACACAGCUAUAUAAAGUGGGUUGCAACUUCAUGUAGCACCAGUGGCAGUGGGCUGUAAUGCAGAGUACAACAAAUUAGUUAUGGCGCUCCUUUAAAUGUCAGUGUUCUGCUGUUCCUGCCAGAUAUGCUUAUUUUCAGAAAAGACUGAGGAUCAGAUAGUUCGACAGCUAGGGGCUCAAGGCAGGCCCGAGCACAGACCCCAGGUAUCCGUAAUCUUCCUCUUCUUUGUUCACAUUGCAAACAUUCCAGAGGAGCUGAGGGAGGAUCAUCUCCAUGGACACGCCAACACACACAGACACUGCCAGGCAGGCAAGUAAAAGAGCCCCAGCUGUGUACAUAAACCAUUGUAAACCCCCAUCAUUUUCUAAAACAGUAAAAUAAGAAAAGUCAGGCUCCUCAGUCUGCCAUGUUAAAUAAUGUUGUUCUAAUUAAUGUAACAUUUUAUGGGCUACAGUGAAGAAAAUCUCUCAAUGACAAUCCACCAAAAUAAAUUAGACUAAAUUAGUUUAAAUUUGACUAGUUGUUAAUUACUGGAAACAUUUAGCUAUAAACCCAUAAUUUCCCAUCAACAGCACACUAAUGAACCCUUUCUGUUUCAUCUUGUUUGAUGAAGCCUUCCAUAAGGAAAAAGAAUAUCUGCCUAUCGCGCUGUAAGUUGUAGAGCUGAACUAUUUGUCAUAAUUUCUCAUACCAUAAUCAUUAAUAACUGCUUUCAGUAUAUCCUGUUGCAAAGAUCUGAUGACUCAGCAGGACCUGGAAAACC